GGCAAAAACCCGAAAGUUGGAGUUGGAAUCGCCGGGAUAAAAUCGGCUCGAAUAUCCUGGAUAAAAUGGACGAGUGGAAGUUACCCUACAAAUUGCUGCUGUAUCUCACGUUAAUCGUGGGUCUUGUGCGUUCGGAUUGUGGAUGCAAUAAGCUUAAGCGAGCGCCGGAAGGCAGCGAACUGCCACAGGAACAGAUCAUCUUUCCCGACGAAGAUGGAAAAGCGGGAAAGAUACUGGAUCUAGUGGAACAUUCCAAACGGUAUGAACAGAUGAGUCUAAUUCCGGCGGGAGAGUAUCUGAUCGGCACCGACCAGCCCGUCUUUCCCGUCGAUAAGGAGUCCCCGGAGCGCCCGGUGACGGUGGCCGCGUUUUACAUGGACCAGUAUGAAGUAUCAAACGAACGAUUCAAAGAAUUUGUAGAUGAAACCGGAUACAUCACGGAAGCCGAAAAAUUCGGCGAUAGUUUUGUCUUUCAGCGAUUGCUGCCCGAAGAGGUCCGCAAACGGUACGAAGACUUUCGGGUUGCGGCAGCCCCGUGGUGGUACAAGGUGCAGGGUGCCAGCUGGCGGUAUCCCGAGGCCAACAAAGAGCGCAGUGUGGAGCUGGACCGGCUGGAUCAUCCGGUGGUACACGUGUCGUGGAAUGAUGCGGUCGCCUAUUGCCACUGGAGGGGAAAACGUUUGCCGACGGAAGCGGAAUGGGAGGUGGCGUGUCGAGGUGGCCGCAAGCAGAAGCUCUUUCCAUGGGGCAACAAACUGUUGCCGAAGGAUCGGCACCAGAUGAACAUCUGGCAGGGUGCUUUCCCGGAGAGCGACCUGGCGGAGGAUGGCUGUGAUGGGACUUGCCCGGUAGGGAAGUUCCGACAAAACCCCUACGAUCUGUAUAACAUUGUUGGCAAUGUGUGGGAGUGGACGGCCGAUUUGUGGGAUCCCACUGCCGAGAGGAAACCGGGAGCGGAUCCACCGAAUCGGGUGAAAAAGGGAGGAUCUUAUCUGUGCCACGAGUCCUACUGUUACCGGUACCGAUGCGCUGCCCGUUCGCAAAACACCGAAGACAGUUCGGCAGGCAAUCUUGGUUUCCGUUGUGCCGCCGAUGUAGACUGAAGCGCCAAACUGUGAAGGGGGGAAACAAUCUCCAGUAACUUUAUGACUAUUCUGCUUUUAAAUAAA